UCGCCGGCCACAGAAAUCACAAUGGCCGGCAAGGGAAAGGAGCGGGACAAGGACCCGGUGGAUUUUGUGCACCAAAAUGCCAUUCUGUGCGAAACCAUCCGCAAGGAGCAGCACUGCCAUAAGAUCUACACAACGUUCAACAUCAACCAGUUUACGAAACUUUACCCUUUAACUGGGAAGCCCAUGUCAAAAGAGGCAAGCCAGGAUAAUGAAGAAGACGAAAACUUUUUGAAACUUAUCCACAAAGCGAGGCUGGAGCCCACAAAGAAAUUCACUCACCCUCAGACUGAGAGUCAGGAGAUUGGCUGGAUAACAACUCCUCUGACUACUGUCGACCACACUGAUCGAAGGCUUAACUUUCACCGGAAGAACUCAGAAAUAACUACAUAUAUGGAGGCGGCAUGGCUGAAGGAGCAGACACAGAAUCUGGCAUAGGCCACACAUCUGCCAAGAAGAUCCACUGUGUCAUUUAGAUGGGGGAUAAAACUCUAGAGUUCUGACAUGUCUGAAGGCUGAUGUGGGAGAACAUUCAUCCAGUGUCACAAUCAAAUCUUCUAAAAUAUCAAUUAAAAAACUAUUCUUCUUUAAAGGUUCAAAUGGGCCUGAACCUGGUGGAAGGAUAAUUUAAUGGCUCACAUAAGUUCUACGGUGCACCCCAAACCUGCUACUGUGUACACACACAGUAACAUACUUGACUAGACCUUUGUGCUUACUUCCAGACUUUUGUAAUCUAUUUGUGAAGUGUAUGUAGACAGGAUCAAAAUACUGCAUGUUAAUUUAUAGAUAUACAGAUUACAGUUUGGCUCACAUGGUGGUGGUGCAGAUCAAAGCUUUCAAAACAGGAUGCGUUUUGUUAUUUUAAAAUACAUUGGCUACCUACACAAUCUUCCAAUAUUUAUAGUAGUUAUGAAUAUUAACUAAACUUGGCAGGUUCAUUUCCUAAAUAAACUCCGAGAAGCUUGUUUAUUAUGUAAUUGGGUGUAAUCCAGCACCAUUUGGAAAAUUUCUUUUCAUUAAAAAAUACAGAGAUGUUAAAGUCU